CUUACUCUGAAAGCCUCCGAGCUUCCCACCUUUCAAGCCCACCAAAAAGCUCUCCAAUUUGGCGACUUUCCGGAUAUUUCGAUGCCUCAAGAAUGGAGUUUCUUUAGGAUUGGGUGAACAGAACAUCCGUCGUGGACAACACCCUCGCUUCGCCAAAAUUGAAGCCACCCAGCAGUUGACAGAAGCCCACUUGAAGGAUGGCUAUGCCGAGGCCUAUAAAGCUGGCCUAGACGCUGGCAAAGAAGAGACAAAGUGGGUGGCCUCAAAGCUGGUUUCGAGGUCGGCCAGCAACUAGGAUUCUAUCGAGGGUGUGUGGACGCGUGGAAUUCUGCAAUUCGAAUCGAACAGAAACAGUUUCUGAUUCGGCCAGUGUGCUGCAGCAAAGAGAGAAAUGUCAAAAUUGGUUCUUGCUUGCUGCAAGGUUUACAUUUCUGAAAGCAGAAACAAGGUUGCGCUGGAGUCAAUUGAACGUGCUGCCAAGCUCUUCCCUGAUGCACCCAUUAUCAACAAGUUCACAGAUGAGGUUUACAACAGAGUUGGAUAUACCCUUGUUUCCAAUCUCCCAUUAAAGCCAUCUGGAAAGUCAUGUUCCCUCAAAAGUGCUGUCCUGAACAUGAUUAAGGCUGCAUUUUCGUCGAUCAACUUCGACUCGCAUUGUGGCAGCCACCCUCGACUCGGAGUUGUGGAUCACAUAUGCUUUCAUCCCUUGGCUUCUGCUUCCUUGGAUGAUGCUGCUAUAAUUGCAAGGUCUCUGGCAGCUGAUGUUGGAUGUGGUCUACAAGUCCCAACAUUUCUCUACGGAGCAGCUCAUGAAGAGGGAAGGAAACUAGCCACGAUCAGAAGAGACCUUGGCUAUUUCAAGCCAAAUUCCGAUGGCUUACAAUGGGCUGGAGGGCUGCAAUCAGAUCCAUUGCCAGUGAACCCAGAUGAGGGUCCAGCUAAAGCAAGUAAAGCAACAGGCGUUGUGGUAAUUGGAGCAACAAAGUGGGUUGAUAACUACAAUGUCCCCAUUUUCACUACCAACAUCGCUGCUGCUCGUAAAAUCUCGAAGCAAGUGAGCGAGCGAGGAGGCGGGCUUCCAUCUGUUCAAGCAAUGGCUCUUGCUCAUGAUGAAGGCGUAAUCGAGGUGGCUUGUAAUUUGCUUGAACCAACUAAAGUGAGCGGUAAAAUGGUGCAGCUGGAAGUUGAAAGGCUUGCACAAAACGAGUGGUUAGCUGUGGGGGAAGGAUACUUCACAGACCUCUCGCAGGAGGCCAUAAUUCAAAGGUACCUCAAAUUGCUUUCUGGGUAAUCUUGAGAUUUACAUUUCAUCUAUUUGUAUAUCUCAAAUUUCAAUGUUUUGAUCUUCAAAGUAUGUGAUUUAAA